CAAAACUUCUUUCCUUCCAUUUCUCCAAAUCAAAGACACUCAGAACAAACAACAGCAGUAAGAAAUGGGCAACUGUCUCAGACACGAACCUCCCAUGCAGUGGGCCGGCGAGGACUGGGGCUCUCUGGCGCCGCCCACCCACUUUUCCGGCGACACCCAUCACGAAAUCUCCUCCGACAAGGCCAUGAAAGGGGAGAAAGACUCUCUUCUUAAAGAAAACCCAGGCUUCUCUUCUUCUUCUUCUUCUUCUUCUUCUUCCUCCUCGACUACGACAGAGGUGAAGGUGAAGAUCUCAAAGAAGCAGUUGGAGGAGUUGUUGGGUAAGGUGGACGUACAGGGGCUCACGGUGCACCAGGUCCUCCAACACCUCAUGAACGUCAGUGAUCGAUUCGAGACCGAACACCGCUCCUGGCGGCCUGCCCUUCAGAGCAUUCCGGAGGUCAAUUGAUGGCUGUGGUGAUGGCGAACAUGAAAGUGGUGGCCUAGAGGUUGUAGAGAAUCCCUCUCCCCAUCGCCCCUUUUUUGUUUUUGUUUUUGUUUUUGUUUUUCAUGUUUUAUGUAUAAUUUUGUUUUCAUUGUAUAUAGAAAAGAAAAACAGAGCUAUAAAUUUCAUGAAACCCUCUGGUUUUUGAGAGAUUAUUGUAAAGAUUAAGUAAAAAAAGUUUAAAUUUAGACACCUUUUCUUA